AAACGGAAGCUUCCGAAUUUCACAUAUUCUCUACUUUCACCUUUGAAGUUCACGGUUUUGAACUGCCAACAAACUUCUGAACAAGUAGCCAGAUGGAUCAUGAUAUUUUGGCACCAGUGUCUGCUCAGGGUGAGCAUUUAAAAGGUCAGCCUAUACAGAUUGUUGAAGCAGGAGAGCACACUUUUAAGCUAAACGAGGAAGCCUUAGAGAGAGUAUUAUUAAAUCCUGAUAUCCAGGACAAGAAAGUUGCUGUAGUAUCUGUGGCUGGGGCAUUUAGGAAAGGAAAGUCUUUUCUCCUAGAUUUCUUCCUUAGAUACCUAAAUGCAAAAGGUGAUCCAAAUUGGCUAGGAGAUGACGAAUCACCUUUAGAAGGAUUUUCUUGGAGAGGAGGAUCAGAAAGAGAAACAACAGGAAUAUUAUUAUGGAGUGAACCCUUUGUCUGUAAAACGUCUUCUGGAGAAGAGAUUGUUGUAUUACUUAUGGAUACCCAAGGAGCUUUUGACAGUGAGUCUACAGUUAGAGAUUGUGCCACUGUGUUCGCCCUAAGUACCAUGAUUAGUUCUGUACAGGUUUACAAUAUAACACAGAAUAUUCAAGAAGAUGAUUUGCAACAUUUACAGCUGUUUACUGAGUAUGGAAGACUUGCUCUAGAAGCAAACGAUAACAUAUCAAAACCAUUUCAGUGUUUAGAAUUUUUGGUGAGGGACUGGAGUUUUCCAUAUGAGGCAGAUUAUGGAGCUGCUGGAGGAAGAAAAAUACUUGAAAGAAGAUUGCAGAUUUCAGAUAAGCAACAUAAUGAGUUGCAACAAUUGAGAUCACACAUAAAAUCCUGUUUUGAAAAUAUUGGUUGUUUUUUAAUGCCACAUCCUGGUCUUAAAGUUGCCACAAAUCCAAAAUUUGAUGGAAGACUGAAAGAUAUUGAAUCAGAUUUUAAAGACAAACUUCAAAUAUUAGUGCCAUUGCUAUUGGAUGAAGAUAACUUGAAAAUAAAAGAAAUGAAUGGAUCAAAGAUAACCUGUAGAGAACUUGUAGAAUAUUUCAAGGCUUACAUCAAAAUUUAUCAAGGAGAAGAAUUACCAGAGCCCAAGUCUAUGUUGCUUGCAACAGCAGAGGCCAAUAAUCUAGCAGCUGUUUCAAGUUCAAAGAGUCGGUAUACCAAAGAAAUGGAAAAGAUAUGUGGUGGUGACAAACCUUACUUACAUCCAGAGCAGCUAGAACGAGAACAUAUAAGAUGCCUUACCAUUGCCAUGGAUUUGUUUGAUGCCACCAGGAAAAUGGGUGGGCAGGAAUUUAGUUCAAUCUAUAAAGAACAGUUACAGAAAGACAUUGAAGAGACAAAUGAUAAUUUUAAAAGUCAUAACGAAGGAAAAAAUAUUUUCAGUUCUGCACGGACUCCAGCCGUAUUGUUCUCUGUGAUGGCAAUUGCAUAUUUUUUAUCAGGAUUUUUCGGAAUUAUAGGAAUGGAAUCAUUUGCCAGCUUGAUGAAUUGGGCCCUUGGAAUUUUCUUGAUUCUGUUGAUAACAUGGAUAUAUUGUAGAUACAGUGGAGAUCAUGCAUCAAUAGGACAACAUAUUGACCAAGUUGCCAAUGUUAUUUGGGAUAAGGCGUUAUUUCAAAUUUAUACCCAAGCAGUACAGCAAGGUUUUAAACAGACAGCAAAACAAGCAGUACGACAGAAUUCAAGACCUAAAAGUGACUAAAAUUUGAACAGCUUGUUUUAUACAAUUCUUUAUACUGAUGUAAUAGAUGGUGAAUGGUUUUAUAAUGAUAACCGUUGAUUAAAUUUAUAGUACUAAUUUUGUCAGAAUACUCUCAGGUGUAUAAUUUCAUCAGUUUGAUAAAGAGAUAUUUUCACAAAGUAUCAUUCAAUUCAGUUACCAUUAUCAGAAUUUGUAUAUGAUUUCAGAAUCUUUUGAAAUGUGGAAUGAUAAGUUUUGUUGAGUAGUGAGGAUAUUUUCCAAUCUUUGAAGUUGUAUUUCAAAGAAAAACUAAACUAAGGAAAUAUCUCUACAACUUUAUAAUGAAAAGUUAUUGGGAUUGCUUAAAGAACAAAAAAAUUAUAAUAUGUAUAUAUUAUGGGUUGACUUUAAAAGGCAUUCUGACACUUCUAUUUUUUCUUCUUAAUAACCUCACCUACCAUAGCUUAAUUAUUUGUUAUAUAUGUUUAAAACAGCCUAAUUAUAGGGUUGAAAUAUGUGAUUUAAUUCAAAUUUUAUUUUUGUAAAUCACCUAUUCAUUGUCAUUUUUUGUUUCCUUGAAAUACAGACUUUUGUGUAUUUAAAUUGUAAAUAUUGAUUAUUGUUAUUUAUUUAGUAUGAAAAAAUCACUUAAAUUAGCCGAAUAUUUUCAUUUUCUCACAUGCAUCCCUCUGUAAAUGGAAAGUACAGAAUGAUGAAUCAAAAUCUGUUCUGGAUUAUUUGGUAACACUUAAUUCAUAUUGGAUAGUACUUAUUCAACAUGACUAGUAUUACUAGGUCAGAAUGAAAUUGGAAAAAUAAAUUAUUUAUGGCCAAGUAAAAAAUAGGUUGUGUUUCCUUUUACCAACCUGAGUAUGAAUAGGGUAGGUAGGAAGAUUUUAUUAUUCCAAAAUUUAUUCAUUUGAAUUUUUUUUUUUGUAGAUAUGAAAUGUGAACAUAUUGAUGUUUUUUUCUUUCUGACAGUAUAUCAGUUGUUGAAUUUCUUGGUAGUGUUUUUUUUUAUCAAAUAUAAUAUAUGGGAAAGUGUUGAACAUAAUAUUUUAUCUUUGAUAAUAACCUAAUUUCAGACAUUAGAUAUGAGAAAGUUUUGAGAACCAAAAACAGAUUAGAUAUGUCUGUUGAUUUUAUGUCAAACAUGCACAUGAUUCUUGUUUUAACAUUUUAUUUGGCUGUAUACUGUUCCAAGCCUUAACUAUUAUGUUUUCCUUUCAUAUUUUUACAGAUAUUUAUUUGAUAUUAUCGCCAGCAAACUCAUAUAAAGUGCUUAAAAACUCUCAGCUUAUAGCUUCAUGAUUUGGUGCUAUGAUUUGUGUGAAUAAUCAUAUAUAUUUCAGCAUUUAGAGAUUAAUAGUUAGAUAAUAAUUUUUUUAAACAUAGUGCAUCUCUUUCUCACAAACUAUAAGCAAUCGGUCAUCUAUAUUUGAUAUAUGGAAUGUACCAGUCUGUCUAGCAGGGUUCAUCUGACCCUGACCUCAUUUUAAUUGUUAACCAUAAAUAAAAGUUUACCGGUAUGUGGUACCUGUAGUAAAACUCUGAUCUUAAAGACUAAACAUGAAAUUCAGUCAUAAUCAGUAAAGCAGACAAGACUUUUCAGUGUGUGUCUUGAUAAAAAAAAACAUGACAUAUGUUUUAGAAUUUAUGUCAGAAUCCUUGCAGUUGCUGUUGAAUGGCCAUUACAGUUGAAAAAGAUAAACAUGUAUUGAGAAAAAUUCCCAUUGGUGUAAACAGUGAUUUUAUUUCAAUUUACAAUGAGAAUAAGUUAAAUAUUUGUAAUAACUUGGACAGAUUGGUUUUUUAUCAAGUUGCAUGGAUGAAAAAAAUUUGCCAGUAACGGUUAACCUACCCUUAUUAAGGUACUUAAAGGGCAAAUAAUAAUCAUGCCUCCUUUACCUUCAAUGAUCAAGUGCUAUUACUGUGAACACCAGUUAUCUGUUGUGCAAAUAUUUAGUGGAAAGAAAAUCUCACAUUAAUUUAUUUUCUCAGGUAGAUAUUACAACCACGACUGUUUAUUGCUCACUGUAUAUUGUAUAUAUAAGGUGCAUAUUAAUGUAAAUAAAAAGUAGGAAUUUAAUAAUUAAUAUGUAAACUGUUGACUUAAAACAUUGUUCAAAAUAGCAGAAAAGUCAUGUUUUAUGAACAAAUUAAUUUAACCAGUAAAUAGGAAGGAAAUCAUAAUUUGCAUAUUUCUAUCCAAUCAUUUUUGCUCUAACAUGGAGAUCUUGAAGAAAAAGUUUAUGUGUCAAACUCUUAAAUCUAUUUUCACCUAAAAGUACUAACACUCAGUUGAACAUAAAAUUUGAUGUGAUAUAUUUUAAUCUUCUUUAACUUAUUCAAUGGAUCAUCCAAUGUUUUUAGGUACCAUUACAUAACAUUUAGAAACAUUUAAAUUUUAAAACCUGCAUCAAAGGAGUGGAGUUCCUUAUCUGUCCUUCAUUUCUUCUUGAAAUUAAGGUAUUGAGGUUUAUAUGCAAAAUUGUAUCCUCUAUAAUAGGUGAUCUGUUGCAAAAUGUAUUGCAUUCCUUCAAUUGACAUGGAAAAGCCUUCAUUUGUUUUGUUGGGUAAUAUUCUAAAAAGUCUUACACAUCACUGUAAUUCAACUGACAACCAAUUUCACAUGUGAAUCAAAAUUACAAGAUGCCAAAAUUAAUAUUGAGGGUCUGGAUGGGGUAUUCAUCUCUUUAUUCUUUAUUUUUUUAGGCCUUAUUUCUCUCUUCUUUAUAAUAUUUUGCUCAUUACUUGUAUUUUCUGUUCUUUAUAUUUUAUCACUCCAUUAUUCUCUAUUCCUGAUUUUUUUUUUUAAAUAUUCUUAAAUUUUUAUUUCCUGUUCUUCUCUUUUUAUUUACCUAUUACCGGUAUUCUCAAUUUUGUAAAUCCCGUCUAGAUCCUCUUAUGAUACACCAUAUUCACUUUUGGUAAAUUUAUUUUUAAACAGUUGAACCAGUGAAAUACAUGAAUUUUUUUUUUUUCCUUUAGCUUAAGUAUGGAUGUAUGUAAUAGUAGGAAACAUUAUUUGUCUAAAUCUGCUUUUCUAUUGGAAUAAAUGGGCAUCUUAAUAUUUUUUAUUUUUACAAAUGUAUUCUUUUGCAGUGUAUUUGAUUUAAAAUUGCUUGUAUUCUUAUAUCUCGAUUUAUUUGUACACUGCAACCUAUAAUAUAUGUGUUCUUUGAAUUGAGGACUUGAAUGGAAAAUUUAUUGGUGAAUCUAUGUAAAAUGUCAGACAAUUUGUAAGCUUCCAAACCAUGUACCACGUUGAAGACCCAUUGGUAACCUUGGGCUGUUUUCUGCCCUUUGGUCAGGUUGUUGUCUCUUUGACACACUCCCUGUUUCCAUUCUCUACUCUACCAUUCAUUUAUCAUUCUAACAUGGGCAGUUGGCUUACCGAUAGUAAUAUAAUGAAACAUUGAAUUGUCAUACAUCUAUAGAUUUUAAAAUAUUUAUGUAUGAAAUUAUUUAAAAUAAAAUCAUAAAUAUAAUAAAUUUUUCAAGUUUAAAAUUUUGAGGAUUAAUAUUAGAAAUUGUCAAAGAAAUUUUGUAUUGCUACUCUAUUUUGUUUUUAAAAAAAAAACUAUAGACUUCAUAAGUGACAAAAUGAAAAAUUGUGGACUUGAUAGUUUUAAAAUUGGGCUGGUAUCUACCUUUAAAAUUAUGCAAGUAAAAUACUCUCAAAUGCAAGUUCAAAAAGUAUAGGGCAAAUAUAUAUAUUUGUAAAAUUUCGUAGUGAUCUGCUUUUUUGGUUAAGCAAACAAGAUUGCAAUGGGUAAAAGGUUUUUUUUCCCAAGAAAUCAAGGAUUUGUAUAGACAAUAGAUAUUGUGAUCACAAAACAAAUCCUUGAAGAAGUAGAGAAAAAAAAUCUCUGACUGAAUAAACAUGUCGUGAUUUUGUUGUGUGUGUGUGUGUUUUUUUGGUUUUUUUUAUAUAAAUGAAGUAUUUUCUUUAGAUCCAAAAGGGAACCAAAAAAUAAGCUUAAAAAAUUUACAAGAGAGCAAAUAUCAUAAGUACAAUGUAAUAUGAUAGUCAGAUGUAAAGAAAUAUUGCUAAUUCUGUAGGAUUGUGGUAAAUAAAAUUCUUCAUUUUGUUAAAAUUAAAUGAAAAACAUAACCAUGAAAGAAUAUUCUUGAUUCUGAUUUUCUGAGUCUUAAUUUAUUGGUUAAACCAAUUAAUGCUACUUUUCUACUGAUUGAAAAUUCAAAAUGGCCUCAGUAAUGGAUAAAUUGUGUUAAGCUUGUACCCUGAUGCUUGUUUUUUGGGAAAAAAUUACGCAUGAUCAGUAACAAGCUCAUGUAAAACAACAAUACUACCCAAACCUAUGUGUGGUAUUGUAUCGUAUUAGUGAAGUGGUUUGUGUAGAUGAUAGAUGACAAGAUCCUUGUCAAUAAGGUUGACUAAUGUUGAGAACAAUGUUUAGACACUUAAGAAUCAUAGAUUUAUAUGUUGUGCAGAAAAGAGGUCAUUUAAUUGUAUAUGUAAAUGAGGUUAAUUUAUUGACAGGGUUCUUACCUACCCAAAUUAAUUUGUAAUGACCAUGUUUUUCAUAUUUUAAUUAUAUGUAUAUUUGCAUGUUACAUUUUGAAGGAAAAUAAUAAAAAAUUAAAUUAAA